GUCACAGUCUAGGGUUCUUCGCAAUCGCGAUUCGCGGCUCCAGGUAGGGACACAAUGUCGCAGGGAUCCACUCCCUCCAGCUCCACUCCUGGGUCGCCAUGCUCGGGAUCGCCUCCACAUCCCACCGCCCUUCCAGCAUUUCUUGGCCAGUCCGUGAUCCCGAUCAUGAACAAGCUCCAGGAUAUCUUCGCGCAGCUGGGCAGUCCCUCCACUGUGGAUCUGCCGCAGGUAUCGGUGGUGGGGAGCCAGAGCAGCGGUAAAUCCAGCGUCAUGGAAGCGCUCGUCGGGCGAGAUUUUCUUCCUCGAGGUCCCGACAUUUGUACGCGGCGGCCACUUGUUUUGCAGCUUGUUCACGUCCAAAGAAAAAUGGACGAUCGCGAGGUCUCGGAGUGGGGGGAGUUUUUGCACCUCCCUGGACGGAGAUUCACGGAUUUCUCACACAUUCGCAAGGAAAUCCAGGCCGAGACAGAACGAGAACUUGGUGACAAGAAAGGAGUGUCCGACAAGCAAAUCAGACUGAAAAUCUUUUCGCCCAAUGUUUUGAAUAUCACGCUGGUGGAUCUCCCGGGGUUGACGAGAGUUCCAGUCGGUGAUCAGCCUUCGGACAUAGAAAGUCGCAUCAGAGCAAUGAUCCUGUCGUAUAUCAAGCAUGCGACGUGUAUCAUUCUUGCUGUCUCGCCCGCAAACACUGAUCUUUCGAACUCAGACUCGCUCCAAAUGGCCAAACUCGUCGAUCCGGAUGGAUCUAGAACGAUUGGAGUCGUCACCAAGCUAGAUAUAAUGGAUCGAGGGACUGAUGCGCGGAGUAUUCUUCUUGGAACGGUGAUUCCACUUCGUCUAGGCUAUGUUGGCGUGGUCAAUCGAAGUCAAGAGGAUAUUUAUGCCAACAAACCGAUCAAGGAUGCUCUUGUUGCGGAAGAGCAUUUUUUCCGAAGUCGAGCGGUGUACCAAAGCAUUCUGGAUAGAUGUGGCAUCCCUCAACUCGCGAAAAAGCUUAAUCAAAUUUUGGUGCAACAUAUCAAGACUGUUCUUCCCGAAUUAAAGACAAGAAUCAACACGCAAAUGGUCGCAUUGUUGAAAGAGCUUACAAGCUAUGGUGAAGCAACAGAUUCGAAAUCCGGACAGGGGGCUAUGCUGCUAAAUGCUCUUACAAAAUAUUUUCAUGUUUUUUCGUCGGUUAUUGAUGGUAAAAAUCAGGAAAUGUCGACCUCUGAACUCUCCGGUGGUGCUCGCAUACACUACAUUUUUCAAUCCAUUUUUGUUAAAAGUCUAGAGGAAGUUGAUCCUUGUGAUGAUCUCACCGAUGAAGACAUUCGCACUGCUAUUCAAAAUGCCACGGGUCCAAAAAUGAUUCUCUUUGUCCCAGAAGUUCCUUUCGAAGUUCUUGUAAGAAGGCAGAUUGAGCGAUUGUUAGAUCCUAGUCUGCAGUGUGCUCGUUUUAUAUAUGACGAACUUGUGAAGAUGUCACACAGAUGUGAGACAAAUGAAUUGCAAAGGUUUCCUGUGUUGCGACGGCGAAUAGAAGAGGCUGUAUCUACAUGUUUGCGUGAGGGGCUUACUCCAACUGAGACAAUGAUAUCUCACCUUGUUGACAUGGAGAUGGAUUAUAUUAACACCUCACAUCCACGUUUUAUUGGUGGUAGCAAGGCAGUAGAGACUGCCCUACAACAGCAACGUGGUUCUAAGGAUGCGUUGGAGUGGAAGGAGUCUGGUGCAGAUCGGCUUCCUAAGAGUGCGCGUCCGACCACAGGGCAACAUGACAAGCCUGCGGUUCCUUCAGUCUCAUCCAAAGGUACGGAAAGCUCGUCUACGUGGGGUAUAUCUUCUAUAUUCGGACAUCAUGAGAAAGCACAGAGCAAAGACCCAGUAAUCGUGAAAGCGUUUCCCGAGCCAUUACAAGACCUUGAAACAAAAUAUUCCACCAUCAUUCUCAAAGAGCCGCCAGGUACUUUGAGAGCCACUGACGCUCAAACAGAGCAGGAAAGAGUCGAGGUUGCAGUGACGCGAUUGUUGCUCAAGUCCUACUACGAAAUUGUGAGGAAAAAUAUCCAAGAUGCGGUACCCAAGGCAAUCAUGCAUUUCCUGGUUGGCCAUGUCAAGCGUGAACUCCUCAAUCUUCUGAUUAAGAAACUGUACAGGGAGGCUUUGUUCGAAGAAAUGCUCCAAGAACGAGACGACAUUGCAAGCCGGCGGAAGCAUUGCAGGGAAGUGUUGCGGGUGCUGCAGCAAGCGGUAGUGACACUGGAAGAGCUUCCAGCCGACGCGGACGCGCAUUCCAGGCCCGGGCAGGCUCUGUUUCAAGACUCCACUGGCCUUCCAAAGCCUCAGGGAGUGUCGACAUAUCUAGUUCACGAAGGUGGCAGCGCAGCAUCGCCAAGUUACUCACACCAGUCGCCGAGGCAUGUCAAGGCUAAACAACGAUCCUCUCUCUACUCGGAGCAGCACCUCCAGCAGCAGCAGGCUUCGUAUAGCAACGGGAGCUCCAUGGCUGGAUACUACGUUCCAACCCUCAAGAGCGUCCCCAGCUAAUGUCAAGCUUGCGUUUCUUUUAUUUGCGAGCUCGUCUAAUGGCGUGGCUCUCUCGAAAAGCUUAAACAACGAAGCGCUAAUUUUGUGACAAUCAAGCAGCUUAUUGAUGAUCGUUCCCUACCAGAAUUAUAGCAACAAAGUCACCGGCACUUGGAAUUAUGCA